GGAGAUGCUCUCACAUCCUUCAACCUUCAUGCCCUUUUCUUAUCCGGCCUCUUCCUUCAGUCGACCUCACUAGAGUCGUGACGGCACCCAGCAUCUUGAAUGAAGGCGACCAUGCAUGUGAUGCAAACGGACAACAGCUCACGGUCGAAUUCACGACCAACGGGUGGCUCCGGCAGCGCGUGCGAUCGGACGACGAACCAGCGGCUCAUAAGCAACAUCAUCAUCGGUGCAACAAAAUAAACCACUUACCAUCCAGCAGUGAGCUGUAGCUAGUACUUCUUGGUGCCGUGGUGCUGCCAUGAACGUCCGCGUGCGAGCUCUCGAGACCACCCAUGUCCGGCCCGAGAUCAUUCCCACCGGUCCGCUGUCGGAUCACGGCCCCAUCAGGCUCUCACUCUUCGACACCCUGUUCCUCUCGCUCCCCCCGAUCCAGCGCCUCUUCUUCUAUGAGGGCGACGACCUCCCGUCGUUCCCGGCGCUCGUCCGCUCCCUGCGGUCCUCCCUCACCGCCACGCUCGCCGUCUUCACCCCGCUCGCAGGCAAGCUUGCGGCCUGCCCCGAUUGCGACGUCGCCAUUGACUGCUCCUCCGAUGCUGUCGGUCCAGGCGUGAGGUUCGUCGUGGCAGAGUACUCCGGCGACGGCGCCGACAUGCGCCGGCUCGCGCGGGACACCGAGCACGACACCGAGGCGUUCUUACAGCUCGUGCCGGAGCUCGAGGUGCGCAGGCUGCCGGCGCCCGUGCUUGCAGUCCAGGUCACGCGGCCGGCACCGGCAGGGCGAGGCGAUGAGGGCGGGGCAGGCGCCGUGGCCGUCGGGGUGUCGAUGCACCACGCGGUGGCUGACGGGCAGUCGCUUUGGCAGUUCAUGCGGGCGUGGGCCACCGCGUCGCGAGAGGGCUCGCUGGCACUGGCAGGGGUCGUGCCACCGCCGACGUUCGACCGGGCGGGGAUCCUGCGGCACCCCAAAGCAGAGGUGGCUACUCGCCAGUUCGCCCAGCUCUCGGCGCCGGAUCUGCCCACGGUGAACACACUCCCAGAGCUGGACUGGACUCGGCAGAGCAGGAGGACCUACCUGCUCACCGCCUCCCAAAUCCAGUCGCUCAAGCGCCGCAUCCUGCAACAAAGCGACAAGGACCAGCCGCCGGAGCCUCCGACCACGUUCGUCGCCAUCGCGUCCCUGCUCUGGACAUCCUUCGCCCGCGCCAAGCACGCGAACCACGGGGCUACUGACGACGAAGACGUGUACUUGCUGUUCCCCGCGGACUGCCGUCGGCGCCUGCGCCCGCCUCUAGACCCCGGCUUCUUCGGCAACUGCGUAAAGCUCUGCUACGCGCGGGCCAGGACAGGCGGCCUCUGCGGCCACGACAACAACCACGCACUCGCACGCGCGGCUGCGGCGGUGCGGCGUGCGAUCCGCGAGCACGUGGAGGAGGAGGACCCGCUGGGCGACGCCGACCGGUGGGCGGAGACCAUCCAAAGGAUCCCGGCGGGAAGGCUGGCUAGGCAGGGGUCAUCGCACCGGUUCAUGGCGUACGAGGUGGACUUCGGGUGGGGGGAGCCGAGCCGAGUGGAGAUCGUGUCGAUGCUCAGCGCGGCGGAGAUAGCGAUGCUGGUGGGAGCGCGAGGCGGCGCGGUGCAGGUGUCCGUGGCGCUUGGCCGGGAGCACGUGGACGGCUUCGAGGCCAGCUUCCUGUCGCAGGCUUCCAUCGCAUGAGAGCAUCACAUGUAUACGCAGUGUCGUGGCGUCAUGUAAUUGGUGAUGAGUAGAUACUAUUGUAAUUUAUGAAUGAGACACGUA